UGAGUAGUGUGAUAAUUAAUUAAUUAAAGAGAGGCAAUUAGAGCACUUGUUUUUCUUGCUUAUUCAAUUUUUCGAUCGAAUCAUAGACAUAAUGGUGAGUACUACUUCUGCACCUGUUUCUGUUUCUGGUAAGGGAAAAAAGUUCACAGUUCUGAGCAUUGAUGGAGGUGGUGUUAGAGGCAUUAUCCCAGGCACUCUUCUGGCUUUUCUCGAAUCCAAACUUCAGGAAUUGGAUGGACCAGAUGCAAGACUUGCAGACUAUUUCGAUGUAAUAUCUGGAACAAGCACUGGUGGCUUAGUCACCACCAUGCUUGCAGCUCCCAACAAGGACAACCGACCCAUGUUCGCUGCUAAAGACAUCAACGACUUUUACUUACAACAUACGCCUAAGAUUUUCCCUCAAAGUGGGAAUUCUUUCUUUGGAUCGAUAUCAACUUGGAUGGACACCUUAACGGGGCCUAAGUACGAUGGAAAGUAUCUUCAUUCGCUUCUAAACAGUCUACUGGGCGAUCUCACUCUCAGCCAAACCCUAACAACUAUAGUUGUACCAGCUUUUGAUAUAAAGCUCGUUCAACCUUGUAUUUUCUCCACCAGCGAUGGAAAAGAAAGUUCUUUGAAAAAUGCUAGACUAGCAGAUGUUUGCAUCAGUACCUCUGCAGCUCCCACUUUUCUCCCAGCACAUAGUUUCACCACUAGUGAUGACAAGGGAAACACUCGUAGUUUUGAUCUCAUUGAUGGUGCUGUUGCUGCAAAUAAUCCAUCUAUGCUGGCGAUUAGUCACAUCACCAGAGAAAUAGCAAAGAAGAAUAACAAAGAAGAUGAGGUUGUUGAUGAAGAAGCUGCCAUGGAUGGAACUAGUAUGCUAGUGCUGUCAUUGGGAACAGGUGCAGCUAAGCUUGAAGAGAAGUACAGUGCUGCCACUGCCUCCCAAUGGGGUCUCAUCAAUUGGAUUUUCGACAAUGGCAGCACACCCAUCAUUGACAUUUUUGCUGAUGCAAGUUCUGAUGUUGUUGAUUUUCUUGUCUCCACUCUCUUCCAAUCUCGACAUCACAAGAAAAAUUACCUUCGUAUUCAGGAUGAUACAUUGGUUGGGAAUGAGUCAUCGGUCGAUAUAGCGACUACUGAGAAUCUACAAAGACUUGUGGAUAUUGGAACAAAGCUACUAGAGAAACCAGUUUCGAGGGUAGAUUUGGAAACUGGUAAGUAUCAGAUUGUUGAAGGAGAAGGUACUAAUGCAGAAGCUCUUGUCAAUUUUGCCAAACUUCUAUCCAAGGAGAGAAAAUCAAGAUUGAUGAAUACAAAAUGAUCAUAUAUAUAUGUGUAUGUAUACGUAGUCUUGUUCUUUUUUUCUUUUGGAAAGAAAAGUAAUUUUUAAAUUUAUUGUGUUUUCUAAUUGAAUUAGUAGAGAUGUUAAUUGAGAUAUGUAAACAUUCCACGCUCAGUUGUAUGUAAUUUUCAUUUUUUCUAUUAAUUUUGAUGAUUGUAAGUUCGAAAUUUCAGUCUAUUAAUUAGUUCAUUCAUUUGGCAUUCGCAAUGGCAAAAUAACAAAAAUCCUCUUUACAUUA